UAAAGAACAAUUAUUUUGGAAAAUAGAAAAUUUAAGAGCCUAACUAGAGGAAUUGAGUCCGCCCCUGCCGUGUCAAGUCGACGGAGGAAGAAGAAUUUUUUAUUGCGAGUUACUUAUGGCCACCUUGGACUCCGACGUGCCGAUGGUUCCGGCCGGCGAUGCCUCGAGCAGUGCCGGUCCUUCAUCUACCAAGAAACCCAAGCGUUUUGAGAUCAAAAAGUGGAAUGCUGUCGCUCUUUGGGCAUGGGAUAUCGUUGUUGAUAACUGUGCGAUCUGUAGGAACCAUAUCAUGGAUCUUUGUAUUGAGUGUCAAGCAAACCAGGCUAGCGCAACCAGUGAGGAAUGUACUGUGGCUUGGGGUACGGAGGUGGAUGAUCGAUUGAGCCUCUCUGCCGAAUAUUUAUAGCAAUUAUAUUUCUAAUUAGGAGGAUACCAAAGUGUGCUCCCUCCAUAUUAGUGGUUGGCCUGGAUUAGAGAGAUUGUGUGGAGGUUAGGUUUAAUUCCACACGACCUUCUUGUAACUAUGAAGUAUGAACGAGCUUUUAUUCAGUUGGAUUGGAGUCUUUCUCUGUAGUAGUGUUUUUUUUUUUUUUUUUUUGCCAAUUGCUCUACCCUUAAAUUGUUUCCUACCUUAGUGAGAUUGACCCAAGCUGUAGUAAGCUGACCUGGAAGGCUAAAAUUCUGAAAGGUGAGUGAGUUUUUGGACUUGCUUAUCAGAACAAGGAUUUUGAGGAAUAAGGAUAGGAUAAGGUCUAUAAUUUGGCCAAGCUUUAAUGUUCUUUUUUGGUUUCCCCACUCUAGUUUGAUUGCUUUUUUUCUUCUUUUUCAUUUUACUGGGAAGAACCGAGGAAAAUAUAUCCGACAGGAAGGGGGAAAUAAACAGCACAGGAAUCGAUUAGAGAAAAACCCUUCUAAUAGAAAAUAUUCAUGAGAAAAAUCUCUGGGCGAAAAGAUGGAAAGCCUGUUUGUUCUAAAGAAAAGGCAACAGUUUUGAACUUUUGAAAGUAGCUGCCAAAAAGCUGCUGUGUAAUCACAAGGACACAACCUAGACCUCUCAAUACAUACAAAAUCGGCAACUGGAAAUGACUAAUUCGACCUUGAAAGGAGAAAUUGUCUUCAUCUUUAAAACUGCCGAAGAAUUUCAGUAAGAAACCUGAAGGAAGCAAUACAUGACCAGCCCAUCAAAGGACCUUUAGGAAGAGAAACAACGCCAACAACUACCUACCCACCUUUCUAAUCCCUCAGGAAUUUUGGUGGUCUCUUAAAUGUUUCUUUGAAGAGGCUCGAGGUUAACCAUCAACCUUUCUAAGACCACGAUAACAGGUAUCAAUGUAGAGGAUGUGAACAAUUUGGCUCAAACGCAACUUGCCAAAUUUUGUCUUAUCGGUUCUGUUUCCCUGGUCUUCCUUUGGAGCUAACCCCAAUUCAGCAUCUAUUGGUAGCUAAUAUUGGAUAAGAUCAAAGCUAGACAAUCAGAAUGGAAAAUGUUCCAAUAUUGAAACGUUAGAUUGACUUUAGUCCAAUCAGGUAUCUUAAAUCUUCAAAGCCAUUUAUUUUUCUAAUUGGAGUGCCUUCCCAAGUGUUUUUAGUUACAUCAAGUAGUUGCAAAUCUUACAGUCGACUGGACUAAGUGUCCUGUUUCUGUUAGAAAUUUCUCAAUGUGGAUGUUGAUGUUAACAGUUCAAA